AUGACCUUCUCACGCACGAACCUUCCGCACAAGUACCAUAUUUUCUACGACAGCAAUGGGCCCAGUAUCCUAUUUCCGCGUACGCACACCGAGAAAAUCUUUCGAUAUGCCUCUGCCAUGCUGGCCUACCCCGUCGAUUGGUUAGAAAUGCACCUUACGGUCGUUCACCAGUACACGCUCGACUCGGUUGCCAUCUCGCCAGUUUUCCUUCCGCGCGUGGAGUGCACCCUCGGCAACCUCAGACGGUUUUGCAAUCAAAUCUGGGAAGUAAUCCGUGCAUACAUUCGGACCAUCGACCACGCAGAUUAUCGGUUCCAAAGAUUCGUGUGGCCAAGAGGCGAGCGGGAGCCGGAUACCACAGGAAGAGUAGGGGUGUUAUCAGGGUCAAACAAUAUCGAUACUGGAAGGAUCCUGGAUCCAGAGCGUUUUGUUGAAAACAUUUCUUGAGGCCGCUAGUACGGAAAGCAUACUGAGAACAUAUGUACCAUGCGAAAAGAGGUUGGAGGGUUGGGUUUAGAUAGCCU